AUGUCUGCUUCAAUGACUCCCCCUCCGUCUACGCAGCCUCCUCGGUUCCAAUCGCCUGUCAAUCGCAUAGGUGCCGCUCCCAUUGAGGCCUUGCUUGCCUCACCGCCACCGACUGCUAUCAGAUCCAAUGUACUUGGCGCCUUGCCCACUCCAGAUGCGAUCGCGAAAGCGGAUAUGGAAGAAUUACGAAUCAUGGCUACAGAGUUGGUCUCAGCUGUCCGAGAAGCGAGAACCUCGGCCGCUCAUUUCAAACUCCAACACAAUCUUCUAACCAUAGAGGCAGACCAGGCUGCGCAACGAGCUGAAGUUGAACAACAGAUGAGUCGCCGGGAAAUUGAGGUUCUCCAAACCCUUGAGUACAGGCAUCGCGCAGCAAUGCAUUCUCGAAACUCACUUCCCCCACCACAACCUCAGAUUGAGGCGUUGACCAAAACCUGUCGUGCUUUAGAGGAUGAGCGCGACGAGACAGAGAAACGACUGGCACGGGCAAAGAAGUUGGUCGGGUUGCAAAGUGAUAGAAUAGAAUUGCUUGAAGAGGAAAAUGCUCUACUCAGGCGGCGAAUACGCGAGAACAGAGAGCAUUUCACCAGGUUCAAAAGUCUGUCGCCAUCAUACAACACUCCUCGCGACACCUUCACGACUCCUCACCGGAAGCCCGUGCCGCCCUUCCCUGAAGCUCCACCGAACCAUUCGAACAUUGCUGCCCUUCUUGCAGCUGGCGAAGUUCUUAGUGGAGAGAGUCUCAGCGUUCCUUCGACGCCCACAAGAACUCAUACUUCCAAACUCAAGCACGGUCAUACUCGUGGAGCUCAUUCUCUGUCCUCCCUUCAGACUACACCUGUACAAGUUAGGCCUGCCACUCGCAAUGGCUAUCCAGAGGCUAUGGUGCCUCUUUCUGCACCCGCUUCUCAAUUGGUGAUUGAAUCGGCAGAACGAGAGCGCCAUGACCGGGACAGCACCAUUUCCAUAUCUGAUGCCGAGGAAGGCAAUAAUGACGAUAGCAUUCCAGAGUCUCUGGCCAGCUCACUCGCGAGCGAUAUGCUGCGACGAAAUCCAGGCGGUCAAGAAAGCUUGAGGCUGUCGCAAGGUGCAGAGCGCUCGAGCAAUCUUCUUCAAAGCAAGAUUUUUGGUCCCAUCAAGAAACCUGGUCAGCUCAGAAAGCGAGGGGCGAGCUUUGGAGACACCGACAUCAAGAUGAAGAAGGCGAAAAUUUCACAAGGCGUUGGGCUUGGGAUUGGACCCUGGAGUCAAGGCUGA